AUGCUGGUUCAGAAAGUCUGUGGAGAGUCUCAAUUCUCAUCAGUUGCAACCAUAGCAUAUGAUUGGUGCAGACUCUUCUCUGAACUGGAGUUGAAGUUCAACAGUUUCCACUAUCCACUCACAAGGCGUGGAAGGAGAACUCUGCAGCCUUUCCCGUCCUCCAUCCACCUGCCGGGCUUGUCACCUUUUGCAACCAGCCACCCGUACUCCCCCAUGGUCUCCGCCUCCUGCAGGAUCGGUGACCAGCAACUCCGAUGGCUCUAUUCACUGGUCGGGAUGUGCAUCUCCUGGGUCUAUCAUUCGGGGAAAAUGAUGAAAGGAGCUCCUCCGGCCCGGCAGAAUUCCACUUUCCCCUCCGGCGAACCACCGCUUCGAAUGCAUUCAAAAGAGCUCACUGAAACAAGGAUUGAAGCAACCAAUGUUUAUGUGUCACCCAAUUAUGUGACACAGCAGCAAAAGAGCCAGCAUGGUUCUGGUGGGUUUGGGUCGGGUUUCAAGCUAUGGGGAUGGUCACUCUUUUCGAUCAUCCCGUGGGCGAUCGCCUCAAACAUCAAGAUGGAAAGACCAACCACCAUAAACAGGAAGUUGAAGAGGCGGACUCAGUAUGCUCAAGUUGUGGAGGGUGGUGGUGCUGGUGGUAUUAGGGGUAACCCUUUGCGGUUCAGGCCUUAUGUGUCUAAAGUUCCAUGGCAUACUGGCCCUAGAGCCUUCCUCUCUCAGCUGUUCCCUCGUUAUGGACACUACUGUGGGCCAAACUGGUCUAGUGGGAAGGAUCAGGGUUCUCUCCUGUGGGACAAGCGGCCGAUCGAUUGGUUGGAUUACUGCUGCUACUGCCAUGAUAUGGGGUACGACACUCAUGAUCAAGCCGAGCUGUUGAAGGCGGACUUAAAGUUUCUUGAUUGUUUGGAGAGGCCAAAUAUGGUGAACAGAGGUGAUUCUCAUGUUGCACACAUUUACAGAACCAUGUCCAUCGCAGGUCUGAAAAAUAUACUUGUACCGUACAGAACGCACCUCGUGAAGUUACAAUCUGGGGUUCCUCUGAUAAAUUUUGGGUGGCUGAGCAAUGUGAACUUUAGAGGCUGGAAAUUCAGCAGAAUACAAGGUAGCCAGCAGUAGAACCCGAUGUUUUUAUCUCUACUGCGAAUAAGAUGGAGGAGAGAUGAAUGCAGCAAACCCUUUGGCGUUCCACGUUUCAGCAUCUUUUGUAGAGCUUUUAUGUAAAUAAAAUUAGUGUCUAGAUCUUGGUUGCCUGAUGAUCACAUUUGUGGGAGUUGUAUAACGUAUGACCUUAAAAGAAAGCCUGC